AUGCUGUCAGUACCGGUGCCGCACCCCAUACUUCCACACCACAUGCUGUGCCCAUGUGUCGCUGAUCUUAGCAGCAACACCCUGGGCGGCUCUCUGCCGUCCUCGCUCGGCCUGCUCCACCACCUCGCCUAUCUGGACGUGAGCGACAACAAUCUCAACGGCUCUUUGCCUGCUUCCCUCUCCGCUCUCUCACUCCUCUCACACCUCAACAUGAGUUUCAACCUUCACUAUCUGGGCGACAGCAAUGGCAUAUCAGAGACUGACCUCUCCCCCCUGCUCCGCCUCUCGUCUCUCUCCGUCCUCGAUUUGAGCUACAACCAGAUGGGAGGCCCGUUCCUCUCCUCGCUGCAACUCCUGCCCAACCUGCUUCACCUCAAUCUGCGGUGGAACCUGUUCAAUGGUCCGCUGCCCGCCAAUCUCACAGCACUGGACAGCCUCACCUUCCUGGACAUAAGCCUCAACAUGCUAUCGGGUUCCAUCCCUGCCUCCCUUGCGGAGCUCUCUCGUCUCAAUACGCUGAGGCUGCGGGGCAUGAGUGUGUUCGGGUCUACUCUCGAGGGCUCUAUCCCUGCCUCCCUCUUCUCCCUCACGAGCCUCACUGCGCUUGACUUGAGUGAUAACUCGCUCUCUGGCUCCAUACCUGAUGACAUCAGCAAGCUGUCCCAACUGAAGCAACUGCGCCUGGGGUGGAACGUCUUGCAUGGGCCCGUGCCGGCUGCUGUGGGUCGCCUGCUGCUGCUGGAAGAGCUAGACCUGAGUGCAGCGCCCAGGGUCAACCAAUCUGCCACACAGGACCGUCUCACCGGUGCCAUCCCGUCCUCCCUCGGUCUCCUCUCGCGUCUCACAUCCCUGGAGAUGGCCAACAACGAUCUCGAUGGCUCCAUCCCCGACUCCCUGUGGAACCUCAAGGCCCUUGUCAAACUCGACCUCAGCAGCAGCCGCCUCUCAGGCUCGCUCUCUCCCGCGCUAGGCACUCUCCCCUUCCUGCACACGCUUCUGCUCAACAACAACUUUCUCCAGGGCGCCCUUCCAGCAUCCCUGGGGGGCUUGUGGCAACUCGAGAUGCUCGAUGUGGCGUACAAUGAUCUUUCUGGUGCCAUUCCACCCGCGCUCGGCUCCCUGCCCAACCUCUACAUUCUCUCCAUCUGGCCCAGCAACGAGUCCCCAGGCCCUGUCUGCCCAUCCCCCGCCUCUUGCCCCGUCUCCCCGCUGCCCCUCUCUGCCUUCUGCUCGUUCUGCCCUCGCUACUGCGCCGCCUGUGCGCCCUCUACAGGUCCUCCAUUCAACACCCCGCCUGCCCUCUACGACUCCCCUGCCCCUCCCGUCGCCUCCAUGUCCCCUCCCCUGGCAUACCCACCAGCACCCACGGAUGACUACCACUUUGACCCUCAUGAUUCCCUGCCGCUCGCCCCUGCUUCCCCUGCGUCCCCUGCUUCCCCUGCUUCCCCUGCUUCCCCUGCUCAAUUCCCCCGUGCACCUAGUUUCCACCGCCCCUCUGCACUCUACUCCAUUCCACCCUCACCUCCUGCUGCUCUUGUCACCGACCCGUCUUCUCCGCCCCUUCAUCCGCCUCUCACUCCAAUCUCCACUCCCAAUCUUCCCUCAGUGCCUUCCCCUCCUGCUGUUAAGCCCUCUGAUCCACCCCGCUUGCCUCCUCCUGCCCUGCCUCGCCCUUUGCUUGGUUCUGUCCCCAGCCCUGCUCCCUCUCCCCCAACUGCCCCAGUCACUCUCUCCUCGCCCGCCCUCCACGCUGCACAAACCCCCCGUUCCCGAAACGUUCGUUUCCCCCCCAAAUUCUCCCGGGGGCUGGCUGCCCCACCCUUGUCAUCAGCACCCGUCUUCCCGGUUGUAAUGGCAGCACCGCCCUUGUCUGUCAGCCCAGCAGCAGCACCCAUGCCGGCAGGUUCGGUUGCUAAAGCUUCUGAUUCUGCUGCCAGUGCGCCUCCCACCGCUUCCCGCCUGUAUGGUAAGGCGGCUGCAGCGGAUACUGCUGUUGACACCCUAAUUACUGUGGUUGCUGUCACAGGGGCUGCUCUGGUGCUGCUGCUGGCUAUGUGA